AUGUCCUCAAACAACUUUCAAACCAUCCCAGCCCAAGAAGAAGGCCACUUCAACGCAGCCCCAAGCCUAAACCCACCUCCAACACCAGCAACAAAAGACUACAAACUAAACCACCUAGCGCUGCGCAUCCAAGACCCAGCCCGCUCACUACAUUUCUAUAUCGAUCUACUAGGCAUGCGGGUAAUCUUCACUAUGAAUGCCGGUCCAUUCACGAUCUAUUACCUCGGCCACCCGCCAGCAGAUGCAGAGACCGAAGAGGAUAUUAGUGCGUGGGCGAAGAAAACAAGUGAAAUGCCUGUUAUGACUAGGACCAGCGGGUUGUUGGAGUUGUAUCAUGUGCAUGGCACGGAGAAGACGGAUGGGGGGGUUUCUACGGGGAAUGUACCCCCGCAUCUUGGAUUUGCGCAUCUGGGAUUCACGGUUCCUGAUGUGCCGGCUGCUGUGCAGAGACUUAAGGAUGGUGGGGUUAAGAUCCUGAAGGAUAUUGGUGUUUGUUCGAGGGAGACUGUGCCGCUUUCGGAGUGGGAGGAGGAGAGGGGGAUUGGGCGGGGUGAGAUUCAUGGGAAUUAUGCUUGGUUUUUUGAGAAGUUUGCUAUGGUUUCUGAUCCGGAUGGAUAUAUGGUCGAGUUAAUUCCUCAGGGCGUGUGA